AUGAAAUAAAUACUUCAUCCUGCUCUGGAAACCACUGAUCCCUGUUCCACCGGUUUUGUUUUCCCAGCAAUGACAUUAUUCCCAGUGCUGUUGUUCCUGGUUGCUGGGCUGCUUCCAUCCUUCCCAGCAAAUGAAGACAAGGAUCCCGCUUUUACUGCUUUGUUAACCAACCAAACACAAGUGCAAAGGGAGAUUGUAAAUAAACACAAUGAACUGAGGAGAGCAGUCUCUCCACCUGCCAGCAACAUGCUAAAGAUGGAAUGGAACAAAGAGGCUGCAGCAAAUGCCCAAAAGUGGGCAAACCAGUGCAAUUACAGACACAGUAACCCAAGGGAUCGAAAGAGCAGUCUAAAAUGUGGUGAGAAUCUCUACAUGUCAAGUGCCCCCAAUUCAUGGUCACAAGCAAUCCAAAGCUGGUUUGAUGAAUACAAGGAUUUUGACUUUGGUGUAGGGCCAAAGACUCCCAAUGCAGUGGUUGGACAUUAUACACAGGUUGUUUGGUACUCUUCCUACCUCGUUGGAUGUGGAAUUGCCUACUGUCCCAAUCAAGCAGUUCUCAAAUACUACUAUGUUUGCCAAUAUUGUCCUACUGGUAAUUGGGUUAACAGACUAUAUGUCCCUUAUGAACAAGGAGCACCUUGUGCCAGUUGCCCAAAUAACUGUGACGAUGGACUAUGCACCAAUGGUUGCAAGUAUGAAGAUCUCUAUAGUAACUGUGAAAAUUUGAAGCGCACAUAUUCCUGUCAACAUCCGUUUGUCAGGGACAGUUGCAAGGCCUCCUGCAAUUGUUCAAACAGCAUUUAUUAAAUUCGCAUUACACACUGAGUAGCGUUAUGUAGAGAGGAGUCAGAUUAUCUACUUAGAUUCGGUAUCUACUUAGAUUUAGCAUAUACUAGCUGAGAAAUUGUAGGCAUGUUUGAUACACAUUUGAUUCCAAAUCUUUUUCUUCUGGAUCUGCUUUUUAUUUUACAAAAAUCUUUUUCAUACAAAUGAUUUAAAAGUAACAAAAUCUAUAACAACAACUUUGGAUUUUUAUAUAUAAACUUUGUGAUUUAAAUUUACUGAAUUUAAUUAGUGUGAAAAUUUUGAAAGUGGUAUUCUCACAUGACUAAGUUCAGUAAAACCCUGGAUUGAAAGUGAGAAUUAUGUUCCUAGAACAAAAUGUACAAAAAGAAUAAUAUAAUUUUCACAUGAGUCCUUGGCUGUAGUUGCCUUUCCUAGCUCCACUCUAAGGCUAAGCAUCUUCAAAGAUGUGCUCCCAUAUGCUGUCUUAAUUCCUUUCACUCAUUCACCCUUCUUUAUAAUCAUCUGACUGGCAUCCUCACAACUGAGUUGAAGCUGUUCCUCCUAAAACAACCCUGACUUUUAUUUUGCCAAAAUCAAUAUAAUCCUUUGUUUAUCUGCAUAAAUUUUACAGUAGAAUAUGAUCACACCUUCAUUUUUAAACCUCUCUUCUCUUUGACAAACCUUCCUUAAAAAAGAAUCCAAGAUAAUACAGGUAAAUACCCUCCACUCAAGGAGGUAGCACUCAGUCCCCUACCUUGUGAGUCUUCACUAAAAUUAGUGACUCAUUUCCAAAGAGUGGAAUAUGGAAAGGGAAACAUAGUAACUUUACAGGGGAGAAAAAUGACAAAUGCCUUCUUCACCAAGUGAUCAACAUUAACGUCACCAGUGAUAAGUCAUGUGGAUUUGUUCUAUGUAAUCUUUCUAAAAAUUCAUAAUCCCAAUCUAAUUAUGAGCUAAAACAUACAGCAAAUUCAAGCUGAAGGACAUUCUACAAAAUAUCCCUGGGGUAUUUUAGAGUAUUCCUCAAAACUGUAAAAAUCAUGGAAAAUAAGAAAAUCCUGAGAAACAAUCACAGACCACAUGAGACUAAGGAGACAUAGGAGCCAAAUGCAAUGUGCUUUCUUGGAUCAGAUCCUGGAAAAGAAAAAGAUCAGUAAUGAAAAGCUGAUGAAGUCUGAAUAGAAUCUGGAGUAUUUUUAACAGUAGUGUUGAUUUCUUAAUCUUGAUAAAUAUAGCAGGGUAAUGUAAGAUGAUAACAUUAGAGAAACUGAAACUGGGUGAGGGCUAUCUGGGAAUUCUCUGUACUAUCUUACCAAAUUUUCAGUAAAUCUAAGAAAACAAUGAAAAAUAAAAAGUAUUUUGAAAA